UACAGGUAGUUCCAUCAACCAAGGCGACAAGACAAUGGCGCAGCAGGCGAUGGGAGUGCAGAAGAACACACUCUACGUCGGUGGAUUAGCGGAGGAGGUAAACGAGUCCAUACUCCAUUCGGCUUUUAUACCGUUCGGAGACGUAAAGGACGUCAAGACACCGCUCGAUCAGGCCACCCAAAAGCACAGGUCCUUCGGAUUUGUUACCUUCCUCGAGAAGGAGGAUGCUUCCGCCGCCAUGGACAAUAUGGACGGGGCUGAGCUCUACGGACGCGUCUUGACAGUGAAUUACGCACUCCCUGAGCGCAUCAAGGGUGGCGAACAGGGCUGGGCCGCCCAACCUAUUUGGGCGGACGCUGACACAUGGUUUGAGAGACAGCAACAAGAAGAGGAAAUGCAGCGCAUUCAGGCCGAGAACCGGGCUGCAAUGGAAGCUGCAGAAGAACUGCACAGAAAGAAGGUGGCAGAGGAACGAGAGGGAGAAAAGGAUGAUGAAAUGGAGAUCAAAGAUGACCCCAUGGCUAGGGCUGAAGCUGAGGUUUUGAAACAGAACGGGUGAUGGCCGAGGUGAUUUUAGCAUGGCAUAGAACCGGGUAUGUGUUGAGCAUCUAUGUAUGAUUUUGCUAUCAUGUGAGGCAGCCAAAGGGAGCCAUUGGAUUUGGUGAAUGUUGUAUACCUUUGCCAUGUAACAAUCAAUGUGUACCCAGAUGUUUUUCGUGCUUACAAUUAAAGGUUAGCCCAUGCUGUAAAAUCUUUCCGUUUUAUGCUUACAUUGUUUUUUCCCCUCUUA